GCAUUUUUCGCGAUAAUAUUGUAUAUAACAUUUGAAUGGUAUUAAUCUACCCCCCAUAAUCAGUGGUGUAAAUAAGUUUCUCAAUCUGGUUAUCUUUCUUACCCCAAAUACAUGAGGUGUACGUAGCAUCAUUGGAAUACAAAAAUACCAACGACUUCGAUGCGUGGUGGCUAAAGUAUACUAUCUGAUCAAGUAGUGCUUCAACAAAGUCAGUUGUAUCAUUUCUUUUUAUUUUAUCAUAAAAUGUAUGCAAGACUACUAGUUUCUGUAACUUUUAUCCUUUUUUUCAAAUACGUACUUACUUUGAUCGAUUGUACACCUGUUAACAAUAAUUUCUUCAUUACAUUAAAUCUAACUCUAGUAGGGAAUGGUGCUAAUCGUGAAUACUCCUACUAUUUCACCAAAGACGUCCACUGUUCUAUCAGUAAAAGAUCCCAUUUGUACUACUGGAGGAUGUGUAGGUUCUUCUGAAGAUAAGAUUGCCAUUCCAACAGCCGAGAAAUUAUAUAUUUUGAAUUUUUCUCUUUCACUUCAUGACGACCAUUCUAAGAAGAUAGCAAUUGCUCAAGAAGUUGACUUUGUUGCCCGUGGUUCUUUAAGGAUCGAACUUGAUAAUGAUUGUGUGUUAAAAGGAUCUGAAGUUGACCAUGAAGUCAAAUCCUCACUCAAAGAAAACGUAAACAGAUCUGUUCUCUUUCCUUAUGAACAAAUGAAUCGAGACAUCUUGAAUCUCAAGAAUGGAGCUCGGUUAGUUUCCUGGAGUCCAAGAGGAGUUGACAAAUAUGAAAGGUGUAUAAUGAGUUUAACAACAAUGGAAAAUCGGUCAUUUUUGUGCACACUUAAAGGAACUGAAUCUUGGGAAGAAUCAGUCGAUCUAUCGUUAAUUUGGCAGCAAUACUAUGUUGAACAUGGUAGGAUCGCGCAAAGUCGAAAGGUGGUUGUUGAUAGUCGACCACAGUUUAUUUUCCAACCUACUGAAUGUAGUAAUAUUCCACCAUUAAUAUGUAAAAAUAUUAUGGAUUAUUUCGAUGCAAUAGAAGAUGUUAUAGUUGUUUACACAAGUUGGUGUCAGAUAAUUCGACAACCUCAAAUAAAAUCCACUAAUUCAAUGAAUUUGAAAACUGUACCUUGCUUAAAUAAUAACAGGUCCUAUUUCGUGAUACCAGUUGACACAACUCAACUUGUUACUGAAUCAUUUUCAUUAUGCCCAGUGACAUUUUUGGCAGUCUUAAUGAAAUCUGGUGCAUUCUCUAUAUGGAUGGUUUCAGUACCAUUUUCUGGAGUGUCAUCAAUAUCAUUGUUGUGGGUAGAUUAUACAUACACUGUCGUGCGCAGCGAUUCGAUGGAUAAACACCCAAACUAUAUCAAACUUUAUGAUCUGGAUAGUCUCAAUCUCUUACUUGUUUUGGGUUUUACUGAUGGUUCAGUGAAAGGUUUAGUGUUUCCUAUUGAAUAUUCUCCAACUGGUAUUCUGGUAUUAACAGUACCUUAUUUAUUCAAUCUAUGGACAACUUCAUUGUAUCAUGUAACCAUUUUAGCAUCAGCCUGGUCAAUGUCUCGUCGUUUAUUAUGCAUUGGCUAUGGUCGUCAUUUGUUAUUAUUUCAUAUAGCUAAGGAAGAUUUAGAGAUUUGUUUUCAACAACAGAACCAGCACCAAGAACAACCAAGUAACCAAUCAACACCAUGUCGUGGACGAGAUCCAUUGUAUUUGGUUAGAAGCCAAUUUGUUAGUCAACCAAGUCCUAUUUUAGGCUAUAUUACUGGUAUGCAUUUGGACAAUGAACAGUUAUUACUGACUAGUGUGGAUGGUUACGUAAUGCGCACCAGUCUUGAUGAAGUGUCUGAAUGUAAGUUGAAUUGGCAAGUUGUUUGGUGUAGUUCUAAUUACGAUAAAUCUGAUGUAAUCCAUUGGGAAUUUCAUGGAUUAUCAGUUUCAACGAAUGGGGUUUAUAUAUGUUUUCUUGAAAAACCAUGCAAUUAUUUAGAUAAUAAUCGUGCACGACGCAGUGCUCUACUUUCACCUAGAGUCCAUUUUUUAUCGUUUUGGUCAAAUGAUAGUUUACAAGAAAUUAUAUUUAACCCUGAAUUACCUUUAAAUCGCAAAGUUGAUUGUUUACAAGAGUUAUUACAAAGAUGGCAUUUAUCAAACGACAAAGCUGAUAAUUUAUCUAGCAAUACAACAGAUUUACGACAGAUAUGUUUGGAGAAAAUUGAUUUUCACCAGGCUUGUCUCACUGAUUCUUCGUUUCCUCAUAGUUGGUUGAAUAAGCCACUUACAACGCUUCAAAUUUACAGGUUUAUUCUGUGUAUGCUCAACAAAGACACCGAUGAAUCUAUCAAAUCCCGUGCACAACUUUGGCUGACUAAUUUAGAUAAUUUUAUCCAACAACGUCAUUUGGAACGAUGUUUUCGUUUAUUUCUUAAAUGUUCUAUACAAAGGCAAGCACGUGAUUGUUUAUUAGUUUCACAAAUGGCCACAAUAACUUUAAAUAUUUUCCGACCAACGUCACAAACAUUGACUAAUACACCUAGCACUACGACAACGACGACGACCACCACCACUACCUCUACCACCAUUGAUGCUGUAUCUAGUUGUAUAUCUAAUAAAAACGAAGAUGAUACAAUGAUUGUCAAUGGAACUUCGAAUAAAUAUAUAUGUUUUGUCAAAGAUUUACCUCAAUUAGCUAGAAAUGUUCACCAAUUAGCUAUACAACUCUAUGUGCAUCGUUUUAAAUUUCCAUAUGAAAAUAUCAUCAAUCAAUUACAGAAAUUACAUGUCAUUCCGGACCUAAUUUAUUUGAAUUGCUCUCAAAACCAUCCAUUUGAGCGUUGCAUGCAAUCUCUAGAACCUUGCAUUGAUCCUAUGUUUCGUCAUUGCAUUCGGUGUAAUCGUGUAGCUCUUAGCGUAUCUCCUCAAGAUCGUUUAUCCGCUUGGCGUUCAAUGAUACUUCAUCCAAUGUGUAUAUAUUGUGAUUUACCAUUGACGUGGAAAGAAUUCUAA